UCACAACUGUGGCUUGUGUUGCUUAGACAACAAAACAACAAUCUUUCUUCUCCGCAAAUAAUAAUUGUCUUUUUUCUUCAAUAAUAUACCAAAUGCAUAUUACCCGUUGUUAUUUCUGUUCAGGGCCUUGCUAUCCAGGCCAUGGAACUAUGUUUGUUCGUAAUGAUAGUAAGACAUUUCGUUUUUGUAGAUCUAAAUGCCAUAAAAACUUCAAAAUGAAGCGUAAUCCUCGUAAAAUUCGUUGGACAAAGGCCUUUAGAAAAGCAUCAGGAAAAGAAAUGGUCAUUGAUUCUACCUUUGAAUUUGAGAAACGUCGUAAUGUUCCUGUUAGAUACGAUCGUAAUAUGAUGGCAACAACGCUCAAGGCCAUGAAACGUGUACAAGAAAUCCGUGCUAGACGUGAACGUGCAUUCUAUAAGAAUCGUAUGGCUGGAAACAAAGAAUUACAAAAGGAGGACGAUAUUCGAGUUAUCAACCAAAAUAUUGAAUUGGCACCUCUUGAAGCAAAGAAGAGAGUUCAAGCCAUCAAGACAGAAAAAAUCAAUGUCGAAAAUAUGGAAAUGGAAAAUUAAAAAAAAAAAAUAUUAUUGUGAUCAAGACUAAAAACAACAACGUAUAAUGUACCUAUAUAUCAUCUAUCUUGCUGCCUAUGAUUAUUCUGUUUUUGCUCAUUAUUUCUCUUUGCUAUUUCCCUAAUAUUUAUUUUAUUCCUAUUAUUGUAUGGACAGUCAUUUUAUUUAAAUUAGUUUUCUUGAUUGCAUUGUAUUCUUACGCAAUAAAGCCUUCUUAUUUAAGUUGAGUUACAUUGUUGACACUAAUAAAUAAAAGACAUAACUGUUAAGAUAAACGAAAA